AUGCCGUCUGGGCCGCCAGCGCCAGAGUGCCCCGUUCUUCUGCCUUCCAAACUCACAGGACCGCGAGAUGGUGCCGGCAUGCCGCGACAGGGUUUGUCCGCUUCCGUUAAGUCCGAAGUGGCGAUCGAGGUCAGUGCAAACGAACAAUCUGUGCGGGUGCAGUGCCUCAGACCCGCGUGCAACGAGAGACUCUCUGCGCAGAUUCUCCAAGCAAUCGAACACAUUUCAGAACGCUCUCUCUCUGGGACGGUCGCUCCCACCCCCUCGCUUCACCGGCACGGUUUGGAAGAAACUCCAGGACGGGUCGACGAGUUGAUCAACGCAGCGGCGCGUUCUUUCUCUGCCACCCGAGCAUUAGACACAACAAGAAGUGGAGCUGCUCCGCUGCGAGCGGCACCCUCGAAUUUCGCCUCUCUCCAGCGCCGCUCUGCCGCCUCAACGCGUCCGACGAGUGAAGAGCGACCCCCGGUUUCCUUGGAAAGCAGCCGAGAAAACGCCGAAGAAGCCACAAUGAAUCGCGCGAACCCCCGACAGGCGCCCGGCCCCCGGGAUCAGACAAACAACACGGCGACUCGCACGCCCAACGAUGGAGAACUUCUCGACGCAGCUCCGCGGACGGAUGGUGCCAGCAGAACUGCAUGCGACAACGUGCGGGACAGUGGAAAUCGGUCGACUGGGCAGCGGGAUAACAGGAAGAAAGCCGGCGACGAUGCUCGGCCUGGCGAACCUCGCGCAGUUACUCGCGCGGACGCAGCCGCCGCGGUGGCUUUGAAUUCGCGAGAGCAGUCCGACGCACGGCCGCCGUCCCCCCGAACUCGGGACUCCCGUUCUCGCCGACCCACCUCAACUUCUUUGACCUCGGCAGAUCGCAACGGGAGAACGGGUGAAAGUGGACCGAGCAAAAGACCGAGGGGCCCCGACGGCCGCUUCGUCAGGUCCGCGUCGGGUGGGGGACAAGCGGCAGCGAGGAGCAGAGUGCGAGAUGCGGCAGGCAGCAAACAAAGUCAAAGCAGCAAGCAAACGCAAAGCCGUGCAGCUCGUGUCAGUGGACACACCGCGACUAGCCAGGAGAAGGGAAGCGAACGAAACAACGUCGCACCGGUGGUGCCGGACCUCGGUCGACGGCCGGCGAAGCCUCCUAGCUCGGGUGGUAGGCCAGAGAGGCGCGGGAGCCCCAGUUCAAACUUUGAGCGACCCAACAACGCCGUCGUGGGCACUGCGACUGGAAACGCGACUGCGGCAGACGGGAGCACGGGAGCCUCUUUCCGGGUGGGCCAGCGAUCUGGCGCAGCGGAUUCAACCCAAGCGACGGGGGAUACACGCGUCACGAGUCAUCGAACAGGCGACAACGUCGCUGUUUCGGACGAUGUACCCGUACCCCCAACGCGUGAGGAGACCCGGGACCCCGGCGAAGCCGUCCGCGUCAUUGAGGCACUGUGCCAAGCUGUCACGGCUCUUCAAGAGCUUCGGUCACAUCCGAGUGAGACGGCAGGUCCAAGCCAACCGGCAGGGUCCGGUGGGGGCUUCUGGGGCUGUCUGUGUGUUGGGUGGGGGACGCCCCCACCAAGCAUGUCGCCUGGAGUCAUGACGCAGGCACCGCACCCGUCCAGGUUCCAGUGGAACAUAGGUCGGCCGCAGUCGGGAUCGGGGCCGUCCACUGUGGCUCCUACUGUGGAACCGUCUGUCACUGUGACCUCGUCCUUGGCGCCGAGCUCGUGCUCCAACGGCGGAGUUGAGGCGCCUCCAUUUGACACGACAAUCCUGCCUGCAGUGGGCGACUGUGAACGCGUUUGUAGUACAAGCAGUUCUGUGGGCGAUUUCAGUCCCAGCCGCCGGGUGUCGGUCGAGCCAGCGUCGUGUGCGGACCCGAAUCGGCCCCAAGAAGACACGAUUCGCGAACUCGAUCAGUGGCUACGACUCUUGCGAGCUCCGUUACUACCUGCCGCCGAGAAAUGGAGGUGCUGAGUCUCGGGAUGGAGCCUGACAGACUUGUUUCGGCAACUGUAAUAAUUUGAAGGUCCUUUGGAGACGUACGCGUAACCUUGCAUUAUCGUUUCGUUCGCUCAACAUAUCUGUGACGCGUUUCAAGAGCUCUGCGGAGGGGGUCCAGAUGAGCCAACAUUAAGGGUGACAGUGAUCGCGAGCGGUGGGAAGCUCUCUCCGUAAAUCUUCCUCUUUCGAAUUCCAGCCAGCGACCCGGUGUAGCCCGGAUACGUGCUGUGAGGCGCUUGCGAACGGGGUAUUUGUUGAUUUGUAUAUUGCACUCCGCCAAUGAUGCGUGAAUGCCGAUGGGGGUCCGUUU